UUUUCGGUCUGUAGUUAGGCUGAAGGGGCUGAUCAGCGCUGUCAGUCGCACAGAAAUAUUCCACAUGCCUGAGGCAGAUCGUAAACAAUAAAGCAUUGUUUCUGAGCCCUCAAAAAUGUUGCGUCUGACUUCAGCAUCAAACAAGAUGUUAAGAAAGAGGAGCAGCAUGCUGUCGUAGGUACCGAGCCGCCAAGUUUCUUCUGAGGUUGUAUUUGUGUUUCUUCACCCCCGGUUUCAGACUUCCCCUGAGCCGUUCAGUGAUGACCACUGAGUUUAACAGAAGUUAAAAGUGAAAGCAAGUUGAAUACAUUGGUGCAGAAACUCCAUGACUUCUUGGCUCACUCAUCAGAGGAAUCUGAGGACACAAACUCUCCUCCAGCACUAUCUAAAACCAAAAGCCUAGGAGGAUCAUUGAGAGAGCGUAGGAGAGACUGACUUCCUGCUCUUGUAUCAAGUGACCAGCCUCUGCCCGGGAGCAGCAGUCACAGGGGAAAUUCUGCGCUCUCAUAGCCGUGGAGUGGAUGGAGCAUGUGCAGUUUGGUAAAAGUAGAGAACCUGAAAGAAGUCCAACCUCAAUGGAGAACAAUCGAGAAGAGGGUGGUAGUUCUUCAGAAAGAGUCACGCUCUUAGGAUCGUCACGCUCAAAAAGGAAACCUACAGUUGUAACAAAGUAUGUUGGAUCAGAUGAGGAACAAAUCUUAGAUGAGACUGUAAAUGAAGAUAAUUCAAAUGAAAACUCAGAAAAUGAUGUUGAUAUGAAAAGCUUGCCUAAAGGUACAGUGGUUGUACAGCCUGAGCCAGUGCUGAAUGAAGACAAAGAUGAUUUUAAAGGGCCUGAAUUUAGAAGCAGAAAUACCGUUAAAAUGAAACCUGAAGUCCCCAAAAAGCGUGGAGAGGAAGGACUGCAUGGAAUUGUAAGCUGUACAGCUUGUGGGCAACAGGUGAACCAUUUUCAAAAGGAUUCAAUCUAUAGACAUCCUACAUUGAAAGUUCUUAUUUGUAAGACAUGCUACAAGUAUUACAUGAGCGAUGACAUCAGCCGUGAUUCAGAUGGAAUGGAUGAACAGUGUAGGUGGUGUGCUGAAGGUGGAAAUCUGAUUUGCUGUGAUUUUUGCCAUAACGCCUUCUGUAAAAAGUGCAUUUUGCGCAACUUGGGUAGAAAGGAGCUAUCAACCAUACUGGAUGAAAAUAACCAGUGGCAUUGCUAUAGCUGUCAUCCAGAACCUCUAUUGGACUUGGUGACUGCGUGUGACAGCGUGUUUGAAAAUUUAGAACAGUUACUGCAACAAAACAAAAAAAAGACCAAAGUUGAAAGUGAAAAAAGUAAAAUAUACGACAAUACAGUCAAAUUUUCUCCAAAGAGAAAUAAUUCAAACUGUAAUGGUGAAGAAAAAAACCUAGAUGAUUCGUAUUCAGGUUCACUAACAUAUUCUUAUAAAGCACUAAUGGUGCCAAAAGACAUGCUUAAGAAAACAAAAAAACUGGUUGAGACUACAGCAAAUAUGAAUUCCAGUUUUGUGAGCUUUUUGAAAAAGGCUGCAGAAAAUUCAGAAGUAAGCCCAGCUGUGCAACUUCGUCAGCUAAAAGCUUUUAGAUCUGUGCUGGGUGACAUCAAAAAAGCUCAUGUGGCACUAGAAGAAGGUCUGAACCUGGAGAUUCAAGCUUUGGAUGUUAAAAUCAAAGAGAAAAAUACCAAAGAGAAAAAAACUGAUGUUAGAUCAGAAAAAAAUGAGGUGAAGAAAGAUGAAGGAAAGGAACAUGUGGCAUUAAAAGGGGAUGACCCUGUUAAGAAGCAGAAAAAAGUUGUAUCAGAACAGCCUGACAAUGAGCCAAUGGAUCAAGAUGUUUCGACAGUAGAAAAAAAAGACAGCAAACGUACAAGUGGUGAAGAUAAAAGGUCUGGCACAAAUGAGGAACCUCAGUAUGAGCCUAAUAGUACAGAGGCUUUAGACAUGGAUAUAGUGUCUGUUCCCUCAUCUGUUCCUGAAGAUAUUUUUGAGACUCUAGAAUCUGCUAUGGAAAUUCAGACUGCAGCAGAUGAGCAAGGGAAUGGAAAUAGCGGAACAGAUCAUGAGAAUCCAAAUACAAAAUUGACCACUCCUUUGAAAGAUACCAAAGGAUCUAAACUGAAAACAUCAGCUAAAGGAACCAAGGAAUUGAUUGUGAAAUUGACUCCUGUAUCCCUUUCAGAGUCUCCAUUUAAAUCUGAAGAUCAAGACAGCAGUCUGGAAAAGGGAAGCAAGGAUGAAAGAACAGAAAAAUGUGAUUCUGUAAAGCAAAAUAGUAAUGCUGAUAGCGAACGUUCCACAGAGAAUGAAACAGUCUCAAUUGCAGAGGAAUCCGAUCUCAGGAGAUCACCCCGUGUGAAGACCACACCUCUGAGGCGCCAAACAGACGUUAAUCCUUUAACAUCAAAUUCAGAAGAAGAUAGCAAUGACACAAGCAAUGAAAAACGUAAGAGAAGAUCAUCAAAACAGUCAAGAAGGAAAAAAGAUAAAAGAAACUCUUCUGACAGCGCAGUUGAUGGCCCUAGGCCUAAUAAACUUUGUAAAUCAAAAAAGCCAGCUAUAGUAGAUAAUAGUUCAGAUUCUGAUGAGAUGCCAGCUGUUCUUAAAGAAGUAGCUAUGAUGAGUCGCAGUUCUUCAGAUAUCGACAGCAAUAACGAAUUACCAGCAAAAGAUCAGAAGACUUCAAGCGUUCUGAAGGAUCAACCAGUAAUGGAUGAAAAUGGAAAGCGGAAAAGAAAAAGUUCCAGUUCUGGUUCAGAUUUAGAUGCCAAAAGGGGCAAGUCAGCUAAAAAUUCUGCUACCGCAAAAAAGAAGCGGCAGAACUAUUCAGAUUCUUCGAACUAUGAUUCUGAGUUAGAAAAAGAAAUCAAGCAUUUGAGUAAAAUUGAGUCUGCAAAAAAAGCUAAGAAAAAAUACUCACGGAAAGAAGAUAGUUACGAUUCUUCUGAAGAAGAACAGAGGAAGAAAGUCAGUAAGAAAAAGGUCUCUCCAAAGAAACAAAGAGGUAAAUCUUCUGAAGAUGAUGCUGCUGAAAAGUCAUCUCCAGAGAAGGAGAUUAAUCAUUCAUCUGAAGAUAAAAAAGUUAGCGUGGGGUCAGUUGCUAAAGAAAAACUAAAGAAAAACUUAAAAGAAGAAGCUUUGAAGGGUAAGCUUGAUGAGUCUUCUGAUGCUGAGAAGUCUUUGCUGGAGAAAGAAGAGGGUAGUCCUAAAAGUAUUAAGCUAACUGAAGCUAAGAAAAACAAGGAUUUUAAGAAGAAAAAGGCACAGGAAGAUUCUUCUUCAGAGAGUACUGAGCAAUAUGCAAAGAAGGAACACAGUUUUGAUUCUUCAAAAGAGAAAUUCAAAAACAAAAAAAGAUCAGAAAACAAAGAGAAGAAAUCAGAAAAUUUGAAACAGAAAAUCUUAAAGAAAGAACAAGAGGAUUCCUCUUCUGAUGUUGAAAAGUCAUCUCCAGAGAAAGGAAGUUGUAAUUCUUCUGAAAAUGACAAGACUAAAAAUGAAACAGUGGUUAAAGAAAGGAAAAGGAGGAAUGUAAGAGAGAAAGUACCUAAAAGAGCACAGGUUGAUUUAUCUUCUGAUGCUGACAAAUCUCCCCUGAAAGAGGAGAGUUCUUCUGAAGAUGCUGUGCAAAGUAAAAGACGACCUGAAGUGAAGGAAAAGAAAAAAAUAAGCCAGAAAAAGAAAAUUACCAAGAAAGAGCAGAAUGAGUCGUCCUCUUCUGAUGAGGAGUCUUAUGAAGACAAUAAGAAAAAGAUUAAAAAAGGAUCCGUGAAAGAAAAUAAAGGGAGUAGCUUAACAGAGAAAAAGAAAAUAUCAAAAAAGGUUAUUGUCUCUUCCUCCUCCUCAUCUGAUAAGGAAGAAAAUGAAGAGCAGAAUUCCACAGGUGAUGGAAGCAGUGAUGAGCAGAAAAUUAUGCCAGUGACUGAAAAUUUAAUGCUGUCUGCUGGUACAGGAUUUUGUCAGUCAUCAGGAGAUGAGGGAGAGGCUAAAUCAAGGACUGUUCCAAUGGAGGAGGAGGAAGAUGAUGAUGAUGACGAUCCUGAGAAUAGAAUUGCCAAGAAAAUGCUUUUAGAAGAAAUCAAAGCCAAUCUUUCCUCUGAUGAGGAUGCAUCUUCUGAUGAAGAGUCGGAUGAAGGAAAAAAGAAAACUGGAAAGCAAACUGAAAACACAGGAGACGAUGAAGAGAAUGAAAAGGAAGAUAAUUCUGAAUCGAAUUCAGAGGAAGAGGACUCAAAGAAGCCCAGAUACAGACACAGACUGCUGAGGCACAGACUGACAGUGAGUGAUGGAGAAUCUGGUGAAGAAAAGAAGGGGAAACCUAAAGAAACAAAAGAAGGGAAGCGCAGAAAUAGAAGGAAAGUGAGCAGCGAUGAUUCAAAUGGCUCAGAGUUUCAUGAAUCUGCAGUUAGUGAAGAAGUCAGUGAGUCUGAAGAUGACCAACGUCCAAGAACAAGGUCUGCCAAGAAAGCUGAGGCAGAAGAAAAUCAGCGCAGUUACAAACAGAAAAAGAAACGAAGACGUAUAAAAGUUCCAGAUGAUUCUUCAAGUGAAAACAACAAUAAGAGUAAUUCUGAAGAUGAGGAAAAUGAUGAUUCAAAAUCUCCUGGAAAAGGCAGAAAGAAAAUUAGGAAGAUUAUUAAAGACGAUAAGCUUAGAACAGAGACACAAAAUGCACUUAAAGAGGAAGAAGAAAGAAGAAAACGUAUAGCAGAAAGAGAACGGGAGAGAGAGAAGCUGAGAGAGGUGAUAGAGAUAGAAGAUGCUUCACCUCUGAAAUGUCCCAUUACAACUAAGCUGGUUUUAGAUGAAGAUGAAGAAACAAAAGAACCAUUAGUGCAGGUUCACAGGAGUAUAGUUACCAGACUGAAACCACACCAAGUAGAUGGUGUUCAGUUCAUGUGGGAUUGCUGUUGUGAAUCUGUUAAAAAGACAAAGACAUCUCCUGGUUCUGGAUGCAUUCUUGCUCACUGUAUGGGUCUGGGGAAGACAUUACAGGUAGUGAGCUUUCUGCACACAGUCUUGCUGUGUGACAAGCUGAAUUUCCGGACGGCUCUUGUAGUGUGUCCCCUGAACACUGCCUUGAACUGGUUGAAUGAGUUUGAGAAAUGGCAGGAAGGUUUAGAAGACGAUGAGAAAUUAGAGGUCUGUGAGUUAGCAACUGUGAAACGCCCUCAAGAGAGAAGCUAUAUGCUGCAGCGUUGGCAAGAUGAAGGAGGUGUGAUGAUAAUAGGCUAUGAGAUGUAUCGUAAUCUUGCACAAGGCAGGAAUGUGAAGAGUAGAAAACUGAAAGAAAUAUUUAAUAAAGCUUUAGUGGAUCCAGGCCCUGACUUUGUUGUUUGUGACGAAGGGCACAUACUAAAAAAUGAAGCAUCUGCUGUUUCUAAGGCAAUGAAUUCAAUUCGUUCUAGGAGAAGAAUAAUUCUGACAGGAACACCACUGCAAAAUAAUCUUAUAGAAUAUCACUGCAUGGUUAACUUUAUUAAGGAGAAUUUGCUUGGUUCAAUUAAAGAAUUCCGAAAUCGAUUUAUAAAUCCAAUUCAGAACGGUCAGUGUGCAGACUCCACUCUGGUGGAUGUCAGAGUAAUGAAGAAGCGGGCGCAUAUUCUCUACGAGAUGUUAGCUGGAUGCGUUCAGAGGAAAGAUUACACAGCAUUAACAAAGUUCCUCCCACCAAAAUAUGAGUAUGUUCUAGAAGUUAGAAUGACACCUAUUCAGUGCAAGCUCUACCAGUAUUACUUGGAUCAUUUGACAGGUGUAGGUGGCGGCAAUGAGGGUGGACGAGGCAAAGCUGGAGCUAAACUGUUCCAGGAUUUCCAGAUGCUGAGCAGAAUAUGGACUCAUCCCUGGUGUUUGCAACUGGACUAUAUUAGCAAAGAAAAUAAGGGCUACUUUGAUGAAGACAGUAUGGAUGACUUCAUAGCUUCAGAUUCUGAUGAAACUUCAAUGAGUUUAAGUUCUGAUGAUUAUGCAAAGAAAAAAAAAUCCAAGGGGAAAAAAGGGAAGAAAGAAUGUAGUUCAAGUGGGAGUGGCAGCGAUAACGAUGUUGAAGUCAUUAAAGUCUGGAAUUCAAGAUCUCGUGGAGGUGGAGAAGGAAAUGCAGAAGAACUUGGUAACAACCCUUCAGCAGUUAUAAAAUCAGAAGAAGGUAAAGCUACUUCCUCAUCCAAUCCUGGUAGCCCAGCUCCAGACUGGUACAAAGAUUUUGUCACUGAUGCGGAUGCUGAGGUGUUGGAACACUCUGGGAAAAUGGUUCUUCUCUUUGAAAUCCUUCGAAUGGCAGAGGAGCUUGGGGACAAAGUCCUAGUGUUUAGCCAGUCCCUUAUAUCGUUGGAUUUGAUAGAAGAUUUUCUGGAGCUGGCUAACAGGGAGAAAACUGACAAAGAGAAGCCUCCUAUCUAUAAAGGUGAAGGAAAAUGGUUCCGAAACAUUGAUUACUAUCGCUUGGAUGGUUCAACUACAGCUCAGUCAAGAAAGAAAUGGGCUGAAGAAUUUAAUGAUGAAACUAACGUGAGAGGCCGCUUGUUUAUUAUAUCCACUAAGGCAGGUUCCCUUGGAAUUAAUCUCGUGGCUGCUAAUAGAGUAAUCAUCUUUGAUGCUUCUUGGAACCCAUCAUAUGAUAUCCAGAGUAUUUUCAGGGUUUACCGCUUUGGGCAGAGCAAACCUGUGUUUGUGUACAGAUUUUUGGCCCAGGGUACGAUGGAAGAUAAAAUCUACGAUCGGCAGGUCACCAAGCAGUCCCUGUCUUUCCGGGUUGUGGACCAGCAGCAAGUGGAACGUCAUUUUACUAUGAAUGAGCUAACAGAGCUGUACACUUUUGAGCCGGAUUUGCUGGAUGAUCCGAAUUCAGAAAAGAAAAAGAAGAGGGACACACCAAUGCUGCCAAAAGAUACAAUCCUGGCAGAAUUGCUUCAAAUCAAUAAGGAGUAUAUAGUAGGGUAUCACGAGCAUGAUUCACUCCUGGACCAUAAGGAGGAAGAGGAGCUCACGGAAGAGGAAAGGAAGGCUGCCUGGGCAGAAUAUGAGGCAGAAAAGAAGGGCUUGACCAUGCGUUUCAACAUGCCGACAGGGACCAACAUGCUUCCCACUAAUUUCAACUCUCAAACGCCGUAUAUUCCUUUCAAUUUGGGCGCUCUGUCAGCGAUGAGCAAUCAGCAGCUGGAGGACCUCAUUAAUCAAGGAAGAGAGAAGGUUGUGGAAGCAACCAACAGUGUAACUGCAGCAAGAAUUCAGCCCCUUGAAGACAUCAUUUCAACUAUAUGGAAAGAGAAUGUAACACUUACAGAGAGCCAAGUGCAGGCCCUGGCCCUGAGCAGACAGGCAAGCCAAGAGCUUGAUGUUAAGCGACGAGAAGCCAUCUAUAACGACGUCCUGACUAAACAACAGAUGUUGAUCAGUUGUGUUCAGAGGAUACUCAUGAACAGAAGACUACAGCAGCAGUACAAUCAGCAGCAACAACAGCACAUGUCUUACCAGCAAACAGCAAUGAGUCAUCUCAUGAUGCCAAAGCCUCCAAAUUUAAUCAUGAAUCCUUCCAACUACCAACAGAUAGAUAUGAGAGGAAUGUAUCAGUCAGUGUCUGGUGGUAUGCAGCCGCCGCCUUUACAGCGAGCACCACCCCCAAUGAGAGGCAAAAAUGCAGGGCCUUCCCAAGGGAAAUCGAUGUGAUUUUGCACUAAAAGCCUAAAGGAUUGUUAAAGUCAGAGAAAGAACUUUUAUUUUUUUAGGAAUCAAUGGCUUAACAGAACUCAACUGUAAAAAAAAAAAAAAAAAAAAAAAAAAAAAAGAAAUGAAAAAAAAAAGUUUGGUUGGUCCCCUUAAAUGCCAUGUUCCAUAUUAGUGCUUCAGCUUUGUUUAAGUAGGACAAUGUUUUCCCUUGUUGUCAGUGAUGUUGCCUAGAAUCUUCUUACAUAUGUUGAGUACAGGAGAUGCCAAGUUGUUUUCAGUGAAAACAAGUGCUCCCAUAACAGUAGUAUCUCCGCAGGUUUCCUGUCUAAACUCCUAUGCUUGCUUUCAGUAGCUGUGAAGCUAUCAUCAGAUUUGAGAAGCUUAGGAAGGACUGCAGGUCUGUACGUUUCAGUAAACCAUAUGUGAGUUGUGCACAGCUGAGUUCUUGAUUAGACUUGAUUCCUCAAAUUAUGGAAUACUUUUCUGCUUACCCAUUUCUUAAAGUUAGUGGGAAUAUUGUAACAGAAAUAAUUCAGCUUCCUUUUGACUGAGGUCUGGACUCAUACUGUAUCAUCUAUGCUGACUGAAGCAUAGGAACUGAAAACACUCUGAAACAGAAAUGAGUGCAAUAUUCUUAAGUACUACUGCUCUGAAACUUGUAAGUCACGCAGUUAUAUAGAAACUGUGUAUACAGCCUUAAAUAGUGACUUGGGGAAGAAGAGUGAUCUUCCUCAGUCUUUGCCAUUUUUUGUUUUCAGUUGUACGUGAUGGAAUAGCAGCUGGUGGUCUGGAGGUGUUUUUCCUUUUUCUCUGCGGAGUCCAGCGCAAAUUUCUGUUAACUCCUUAUUGCUGGUGCUGCUGUCUCGUCUGCUUGCCGACAGCGGGAGACAGGCCAAGAAAACAAAAUUCCUGUUUUUUGGGGGUUGGAAUACUGGUGGUGGGCAGGGGCAAACCCUGUUAUGCCAUCACCUUUAAAAUGGCACAACCAUUGCUGAUUUGGCACUGGAAGGGGCUCUCACGGCUUCCCAAGGUACCAGGGCAGAGGAAUAACUUUUCCUCCGCUACAUCAGAGCUGUGGUUAUGCACUCCUCUCCCUUCCCUUUCGUUUGUGUGAAAACAUACCUUAGUACACAAAGAGCUCGAUUCUUUUGUUUGUUUUUACAUAGACUGCAGAUGAACUUCUGGUUUAUUAUAUAUCAUUAGCACUCUCUUUAGCCACAGUUUUUGUGCUCGUGGAGAUCUAACUAAACCCAAACAGGGCUUUUUUGAAUAUAGCUUGGUUGGCUCUUCCCCCACAGAAUAAAAGCGUUUGUAAUUUGGGAGUGAAGGACGGAAGCAUUUGAGGCGACGGUGUACGGAGUGCAGGGAACAGAGAGAGAAUGCUGGAGGAGCAGAUGGAUUUGCUGUAGGUGUUGCUGGAUCUUCUGGCUUGCUGACAUGAAUUAAAACUGUUCUGGCUUCUGGAACUUAAUUGACCUGGAUGAACAGAUUUCUUUUGCAUCUAAAUAUGCAAAUCUUACGUGAUAUUUCAUGUCGUGAUCAAAACUUGGUUUGUGGUUUGGGCAGUUUCUCUGAUCUGUUGCAGAGGCUGACGUUGCCAUCGGACUCUUUGUUACAAGAUGCCACAAAUGAACCUCUCCUGUGUUCUGGAGCUUUGCCAGCUCUACUGUUAGGUUUAACCUGGGGGGAAGGGAGCAAAAACAGGUGUAUUCACACUAGAAGAAACGCGAAUGUGAGACUUUGAGACAAACAUUUGAAGGCAAAUGUACUCUGGGCAACUCUCACUGAUGUUCCUAUGCGUCUUGAGAAGUAUCUUCUACCAAACCUGGGAAUGUUCAAUGGAGUUUUACAGUAACUCAAAAGACUUAAAUGUGGAAGUUUUAGGCAACAUUUAACGGCACAUUUUUUUCAUUCUGGACAAAACUAUGGAUAACAGAAGCAUAAGAAGAAAGUUGAGAUAAGCGUUGAAGUAAAACUUGGACCACUUUGCAUACAUGUUUCUCACUUGACAUUUUAGCUGCAUAACAACGUGCUUUGAGUAUAACAUCAAGCUUUAACAAAUAUUUAAAGACAGAACAUACAUCAGUAAGAUAACAAAAAGCUCAUUUUUAUAUUUGUUUUAGAUGUUUUAACUAGAUGAGAUGGCUUAAGACGGCGAAUAAAAAUGUUGCUUGUAAUACAAUUUUGCCUGCUAAAUUCUCCACAUUUUGUAACCUGUUUAUUCCUUUGGAUGUAAAGCGUUUUUGCUUAGUAUUGUGAUAUUGUAUAUGUUUUGUCCCAGUUGUAUAGUAAUGUUUCAGUCCAUCAACCAGCUUUGGCUGCUGAAAUCAUACAGCUGUGAAGACUUGCCUUUGUUUCUAUUAGAUGGCUUUUCAGUUCUGUAUUAAAUAUCUUAAGUACUAUAGAAAAGGUGUCACCUCUUCCUAUAAGGCUGUUUUGUAAUAUAUAUAAGGACUGGAGAUGUGUUUUUAAAGGACGAGAAGCAUUCAAGUAUGAAUCAAGUAUCUGUGUUUUCACCAUUCAAAGUGCUGUUUAGUAGUUGAACCUUAAACUAUUUAAUAUCUCAUUUAAUAAAGUGACCAAAAUACA